AAAAUCCACCGGACUUUAUAAAAUGGCCUCCAUUUUCAUGCCCAGUUAUCCCCUAACAAAAAACCUGCAUUUACUGACCCGGCCCACUAGAAUCACGCGAGGCAGCACCACCGUCUUCCCCCGAACCGCCGCCCGAAUGGAAUCGUCAGCCGCCGCCAACGCAACCGUGGACUCAGCCAGCACCGGCGAAGGGACGGAGAUCUCGACGGCGGACACCGUCGUGCAGUACGUUGUGCUCCGGAGGGACUUAAUCGACACGUGGCCGCUGGGUAGCGUAGUAACGCAGGGCUGCCACGCCUCCGUCGCCGCCGUCUGGCUCCACAAGGACGACGCCGACACUCUCCUCUACUGUUCGCCUUCCAAUCUCGAUUCGAUGCACAAGGUUACGCUUGAAGUGAAAGGCGAAGCUCAGAUACUAAACUUGUCGGAAAAGCUAAAAGCAGGCGGCAUUGCUCAUAAGCUGUGGAUAGAACAGCCUGAGAACAUCCCCACAUGCCUCGCCACAAAACCCUACCCGAAAUCCUCCAUUUCGACAUUUUUCAGAAAGCUCAAGCUCUGUAAGUAAUCAAAUUCGACAUUGCAGUAUUUAAAUACCAAUGAUUUUGAUGCGGAUUUUUCACUCUUUUUAGUUCUUGUUAACAGUUGGUCUAAGAAUAUGAUUCGUUAUGAUUAAGAUAAAUUACGAUGCGAACUCCUGAGUACAUGGGGAAAUAUACUGGGUAGAUUUUCAUGUUUA